UGUGGCCAUAUCGGUUACCGUACAACGUCAUCAUUCUGCGACGGCGCGUAAUAACUUAUCCCUAUGCUAUAUUGAUUAUUCUACCUGUUCUGUUUCUUAGCUUAUUUAUCAGCGUUGAUGCAGAUAUCGAAAAUGUGACGUUUACGUUUCCAGGAUGUAUUAUCUCAUUCGAAUCCAAAAGGCAAAAUAAUGAUCCAGUCUUGGUGAGCUGCUGGCCUAACAUCCCCUAAAGCAGUCCGAGUCGCAUCACACCAUGCUGUUCUCUCUGCGUGAGCUGGUUCAGUGGCUCGGCUUUGCCACCUUCGAGCUCUUCCUCCAUCUUGGCGCACUGCUCGUAUUCAGCAUGCUCGUGGCUCUGCGUGUGGACAAGGUGCCCGACCUGAAUUGGUGGCUGGUGUUCGUGCCGCUGUUCGCCGCAGACGGCCUCAGCACCUACUUCACGGCCAUCGUCUCCAUCCGCCUGUAUCAGGAAGGCGAGGAGCGGCUGGCGGUUCUGCGUCUGCUCUGGGUGCUCACCGUCCUCAGCCUCAAACUGGUGUGUGAGGUGCUGCUUUGCCAGAAACUAGCUGGCUCCAAUCAGACGCGUGACCUGCUCUUCGGCCUCGUAGUCUCGCCACUGUUCGUCCUCCUGCAGCUGCUCAUGAUCCGCGCAUGCCGUGUGAAUUAAUGUGGACAUGACCGACCAUUGCCAUUUUAACUGUUUGACUUUACUCAUGUGAACUUGAAUCAAUGUUUUUAAUCGUUAUUUGCUCAUGUGUACAUUUUAAAUCAGAAAGCGAUUUGGGUACAGUUCAGAGCUGCAGUGUAAAUGAUAUUCAUACUUUUUUUUUCUUUUUUUUAAGUAUGGUUUUGGCUCAAAUGUAUAAACGGUGUCAUUGCAGCCCGUAAAUCCACUGUGGGUGUGUGCGCAUGUUUUUCGUUUUGCUUUUCUUUUUUAUUUCCGAUGUCCUAAAUGCUGAAUGAUGUUCCUUUCUCUCUCUCUCUCUCAGAAUGAUGUUGCUCCUAUUCCGUCUAUGUAAUGACAAGACCAUGUGUGUGUGCGUGUGUGUAUAUAUUGUGAAUAAACUGACGUACAUACA